GUCUUGGUUGGGUGCACAAAUCUUCUUUUAUGUGUGCUGCUUCUUACCCUGUUGCCUAGACGAUCACUGGCUUUCACUAAGGAUGUCUGGUUCUCGUAAAGAGUUUGACGUGAAGCAGAUUUUAAAAAUCAGAUGGAGGUGGUUUGGUCAUCAGGCGUCAGCCCCUAACUCCGCAGUUGAGAACCCCCAGGGAGAUUUCUGGAACGGAGGGCAAAAUGUACCAACCGGCGGCACAAAGUUUUUAGAUUCAGGCAACCUACCUUUAACCUCAGUUGGUUACAGGAGGGCCAGCCAACAGGAUUUCCAGAAUUCACCUCCUUGGCCAAUGGCAUCCACCUCGGAAAUCCCUACCCUGGAAUUCUCAGCAGAAGACUGCGGAGGUGCGCGUUGGCUUGGCAGACAAGAAACAGAUGAUAGAGCAAGCGAAGAAGAAAAUGAAUCGGACAGCAGUUCGUGCAGAACGUCCAACAGCAGUCAUACCUUAUCGUCUUGUCAAACUAUGGAGCCCUGUACCUCAGAUGAAUUUUUUCAGGCUCUCAACCACGCUGAACAAACUUUUAAAAAGAUGGAGAAUUAUCUUAGACACAAACAGCUGUGUGACGUUGUGUUAGUCGCUGGUGAUCGUAGAAUUCCAGCUCACAGAUUGGUUCUCUCCUCUGUUUCGGACUACUUUGCGGCAAUGUUCACUAAUGACGUACGGGAAGCAAGACAGGAAGAAAUCAAGAUGGAAGGUGUGGAGCCAAAUGCACUGUGGGCUCUGGUUCAAUAUGCAUAUACAGGUCGCCUUGAAUUAAAAGAAGAUAACAUUGAGUGCCUGUUGUCUACAGCUUGCCUUCUUCAGCUCUCUCAGGUUGUAGAAGCAUGUUGUAAAUUCCUAAUGAAGCAGCUUCACCCGUCCAAUUGCCUUGGAAUCCGAUCUUUCGCUGAUGCGCAGGGUUGCACUGACUUGCACAAGGUGGCUCACAAUUACACUAUGGAAAACUUCAUGGAAGUAAUUAGAAACCAGGAAUUUCUAUUACUGCCAGCCACUGAAAUUGCAAAGCUUUUAGCAAGUGAUGACAUGAAUAUUCCUAAUGAAGAAACUAUACUGAAUGCACUACUUACAUGGGUUCGACAUGAUUUGGAACAGAGGAGGAAGGAUCUCAGUAAACUCCUGGCUUACAUUAGACUGCCUCUGCUUGCUCCACAAUUUCUGGCAGAUAUGGAAAAUAAUGCACUCUUUAGGGAUGACAUUGAAUGUCAAAAACUCAUUAUGGAAGCAAUGAAGUACCAUCUGUUGCCAGAGAGACGACCUAUGUUGCAAAGUCCUCGCACCAAACCUAGGAAAUCUACCGUGGGCGUGUUGUUUGCAGUUGGAGGAAUGGAUGCAACAAAAGGGGCUACAAGCAUCGAAAAGUAUGAACUUCGCACCAACAUGUGGACUCCUGUUGCAAACAUGAAUGGACGAAGACUACAGUUUGGAGUAGCAGUCUUAGAUGACAAAUUGUAUGUUGUUGGUGGCAGAGAUGGACUCAAAACAUUGAAUACCGUGGAGUGCUACAACCCUAGGACAAAAACAUGGAGUGUAAUGCCACCUAUGUCCACUCAUCGACAUGGUCUUGGAGUAGCUGUACUGGAAGGUCCCAUGUAUGCUGUAGGAGGACAUGAUGGCUGGAGCUACCUGAAUACAGUAGAAAGAUGGGAUCCACAGGCUCGUCAGUGGAACUUUGUAGCUAGCAUGUCAACUCCAAGGAGCACUGUUGGUGUAGCAAUAUUGAAUGGAAAGCUUUAUGCAGUUGGUGGUCGAGAUGGAAGUUCUUGUCUUAAGUCGGUGGAAUGUUUUGAUCCGCAUACAAACAAAUGGACCCUCUGUGCUCAGAUGUCAAAAAGAAGAGGUGGUGUAGGUGUAACCACCUGGAAUGGGUUCUUAUAUGCAAUAGGUGGUCACGAUGCCCCAGCAUCAAAUUUAACAUCCAGGCUGUCAGACUGCGUGGAAAGGUAUGAUCCAAAAACAGAUAUGUGGACUGCUGUGGCCUCUAUGAGCAUCAGCAGAGAUGCAGUGGGAGUAUGUCUUCUGGGUGACAAGCUGUAUGCAGUUGGAGGAUAUGAUGGUCAAACGUACCUUAAUACAGUGGAGUCUUACGAUCCCCAGACAAAUGAAUGGACACAGGUUGCACCGUUAUGCUUAGGAAGAGCUGGAGCAUGUGUUGUGACUGUAAAACUGUAAAUUAUUUUCUAUAAGGCGAUAUUCUCCUCUGUAGACUCAGAUGAUUUCUUUUUUCCUCAAGCAAACGACCAGCGCGCCAAUAAACACAAGGUGCAGGAUACCUACCGUGGCAAAGUAUUUGGUCUCAAGCUAACAUGUACGUGUUGUUCUUACGGACCAAUAUUAAGCACUUUUUAAAAAAAAAAUCAUUUUUGUUACCCCUAUGUUACACAAAUUCUGUUUGUAAGAAAAUCAGCUGC